UGUCCUACCUACCUUACGAAGCACAAGAAACCCCACUACACGACACGCCCCCCGCGUGUUCUGGAUACCUUACGCAAACGCAGUUAUAGAGUUGUAACGCUCAUUCACCUCUGGAUACGAUGCCGAUGCCUCUUGCUUCAUAGCAAACCACACAGUACUCCCGACUAGUACUCGAACUCGCCUCUGGAGUCAUUCCCUCUCUUGUUGCAAGGAGUAUGAACCAGCACCUGUGCUCCUGAGAGGGCUACCAGCAACAUGGCGGAUUACGAGAGGACGGUUCUCGACUUUUACGGGCUUCCCACUUCAUAUCCGAGCGAGUGGCCUACCGAGAAGGAUAAUAAAAGUGAUGGCUCCGACGGCGACGGAGAAGACGAGAGCAAUGCCAAACUCAACCGACGCAGGUCGAGAUACGAGGCGCUCGAGAGAGCUGUGAGCGACCGAAGAAGCACCAUUCCUGGCUCUCAAUCGGAAAAAGGAGGUGUUGGAAACAUCGUCCAGAGGGACGAACCGGACCCUCUGGGCACCACCGACAGUGUUGUACGCACAUUGCGCCAACUGGGCGUGCCAGUACAAGAUGACCCUCGACUUCGGAACCGCUUCCUGCUUUCUUCGACGACCUUCUCCCCCGCCCUUUUCCUCUCACAAAUGCAUGCCACUGCAGACACCCAGAGCCUGUUGGCCGGCCUCGAAGUCCUGUCGCAGUCCAUCGAUCAGAAGUCGGCAUCGCUCAAAGCACUGGUGGAAACCAACUUCGAGCGGUUUGUCAAGGCCAAAGCCACCAUAGAUAACGUCUAUAGGGAAAUGAAGUACCGUGGUGCCGAACCUUCGCAGCCCCGACAACAGCCAAGGCACUCCCGUCAUGCCAGCAGGAGUAGCUUCCGGAGUGGUGGCGGUGCGUCCGUAGGCCCGCCACCAGUCGACAACCGAAAGAAAAAUGCCAUCGUCAAGGAGAGCGAGUACGGUGUGAUGGGCAUCAAAGCCCCUCUUCUUGACGUCUCCGCAAAGGCAGAGGACGUCUGGGGACCUGCCUUGGGCGGACGUGACAAGGAAGAGCACCUCAAGAUCGUGGCCACCUAUCUGGACGAGUUCAAAGAAAUCGUGGAGCUAAGCCCUGCCAUAUCGGACAGCGUCCGGCGGCGGGACUACGAGAGCUUGGUGGAGGAGUAUAACCGGGCCCGAAGGUUGUCCACCGAGGCGAGGAGGCUAGCCGAGACUAUUGGCGCCGGAGCUGCCAACGACGCCCAAUUGUACCAGAUUCUCCUGACCGCGCGCAUGUGGCACGAUGUCGAAGAACAGAUUCAACAGUUCAAGCGAGACAGUUUCCGGAAACUCGUCUCAUUACACAGCUCUUCGAGAGCCGACGGGAUGGUUGCCGGACAACCUCAGGAUCAGCACGUGGAACUCAUUAGUCUGUUGCUCGAACUGGGCGUCGAUGACAAUCCCAUCUGGCUCUGGCUCGUGAGCCGCUAUGAUCACCUCAAGGGCAAGAUACAGUCCACAGCGAACCGCUCCAAGGUUGAGAUUGAGGUCCUGCGGCGCCGCCUUGCCAAUGGCGACAAACCCGCCUCUCAUUUGAUUGCUUCCCAUCUGAAGGCGGUGGCCCGUCAGGCCGUGGAAAGCAACCAGACGUCAUCCGUCGACACGGCCGAAAUACUUGAACUCUGGGAGAAGAUGGUGACGUUCUUGACGACCUUGUUUUCCGCUUCGGGAAUACUGGGCGAGGUAGUCGACUUUUGGAAUAUUGUGCAAGGCUUCAUUGAGGGCGGGACGCAGGCGACCUUGCCUGUCGGCUACAAUGGCGAAUCCCGCCGCCAUCACCAGCUUUCAGAACAGGCCGUUGUCGAUUUGCAGAAAGGUGUGGUCGAACUGGUGGACCUGCUGCGGGAUGCCGUGUACGUCUUCUUCGCCGGCUUGCCGCCGGAGGACAUAUCUAUGCUCUACUCCCCCCUGCCCACGACACCGAACACUCCAAAAUCGGCUCUUACGCCUUCCGUCCCGAGAGAUCCGCGCUUCAACCUCGAUGCCAACACCGCCCCGCCACCGUCCGCAAGGCGAGGGGAAGCCUGGGAGAAACUCGCCUUCUGGCCCCCCUGGUCCAAUUCGGUCAGUGGGAUUCACUACUUAUCGAAGAUGCUGACCAUUGUAGGUGUUGGGGCCUCGGAUCUGGCGAGCAUCACUCCCGUCAAGCACGCAGCCGACGGCGGAACACUGGAGAGGCUCAAGGCGCUUGUUGGGGCCGCGCGAGAGAGGUGCGUUACCGCCGUCUGUGCGGCUUGGAACAAGGAUGCCGAGAACAUCAAGUACGUGGAGGACUGGUACCGAUCGGCCGACCUGGGCGAUGUGACACGGAUGCCAUCGACGUUUGCAGCCUUUGAAGGCGCUCUGUUGUCGGGGAUGCAGAAGAUUCUGUACGUCUCGGAUGCCAUGGCCAAGCCAGGCGCCGAAGACAUUGUUCUGCCGCCACCGUCUAAACUGCUCCAGAUGGUCAGGAGUCAAUACGUAUCGACUCUUUAUAAGGCGCUCAGUGGCAUGGUGGAAAAUGCCGAACGAUCUGUUAAGAAGGCCGACGACGAAUGGACCACGGAUGCCGACGGAUCGAUCGCGAAGUCCCCCGCUCAGGCAAGCAGAGGGUUGGGUGCUCUCGAUGCGCGGGAUAGGAAUGUCCGCAUGCUCGUCACCCUCAGCAACUUGCAAGCCCUCCGCGCUCAAGUCGUGCCGAAUCUCAACACCCAGUUCGAGAACGCCUUCUCCGUCAAGUUGACGGACGAGUCGAAGACCAUCCGCGACGUGCUAGGACAAAUCGAUGCGCGCCUAUUCCAGACGUACACACGACCUUACAUCGACAACCUCCGCCGCCUCCUGCGCGCCGGCAUCUCGGCCGCGGACUGGGCCCCUCCACCCGGCGAGAAGCCGCGCCAGGCCAAACCCUACGUCUGCGAAGCGCUCCUGAGCCUCGUCCUGGUCCACUCGCAGGUAUACACCACCGCGCCCUCCCUCACCGCGCAAGUCCUCUCCUACCUGCUCGAGCAGCUGUCGCGCGAGCUGCUCGAGGCCUUUCGCGUCCACGACCGCUACGACCUCGGCGGGCUCCUGCAGGCCACUCUCGACGUCGAGUUCAUCGCCCAGACGCUGAGCCAGUAUACCACGGAACGCGCCGCCCAGCUCCAGGCGGAGAUUUAUCAGGAACUCGAUUCGCGUACGGACAACGAUGCGCGUGCCCGUCUCCAGGCUGAGCUCCCGGAAAUGCGCGCCGUGCUUAAGCGUCUCCGCGAUGCCAGUAAGAACGAGUUUACCUGCUUUAAGAAACCUAAAAGACCGCCUGGUGCCGGUCCCGAGAGGAGAGACACCGGAGGGUCUACGUCGAGUGCUGGCAAGGGGUAGAGCUCGCCUUGGACUCGGCCGUAGAUGCUCUGACUUGGGGUCUCUGGGGUGGGGUGGGGUGAGAUCAAGUUCUAGGUGCCCCCCAUGCAAUGGAGAUAUUCUGCGAUGCCAGACGAACAAGUUCUCACCGCACUCAGACCUUUAUGUCAUUAAAUGUUCAUUAUGGCCUCUGAACUCUCCCUGGGAGGUGAUGUUCGUGUAGCGAUCUCGUUUUAAAUCAAAAUUCGACUACCUAGCUACGCUUCCUUUCGCUUGUGUGGACCUGGUAACAUGUGACAGUAUAGCAACUAUGCUCAAUG